AUGCCCCCAACUCUCCGCAAUCGCCGCAACUACACUGCCCAAGAAGACACAUCGGCCCGAGUCGUGGAAGUGGACACGGACGAAGAAGUCGAAAUCACACGCACCACCGAACAGCAGCGUGAACGCAAUCGCGCCGAGAAAGAGAAGAAGAAUUUCCGAAAACACGACGAGGAAGAUGACGAUGACGACGAUGAAUUCUAUAUUUCGCUGUCCGACGUCAUUCGCAUCAUCCUCACUUUGAUCGCCUUGUCGGUUGGGUUGAGCUACUACGUGACCUCAGGAGAAAGCUAUAUAUGGGGGUUUGAGAGGCAGCGGCCAUGGUGGAUGCGGUCUAACGAUAUAAAGCAAUUUCUGAAAGGACCCGUGAACCUGACACCAUCUCAACUCGCGCUCUACGACGGCUCCGACCCUUCCCUGCCCAUCUAUCUAGCACUUAACGGCACCAUAAUUGACGUCUCAGCGAAUCCUGGCAUUUACGGACCGGGUGGAGGCUACCACUUCUUCGUGGGGCGGGACGCGACUCGGGCGUUCGUAACGGGGUGUUUCAAGGAAGAUCUUACGAACGACAUGACGGGAGUCGAGGAGAUGUACAUCCCCAUCGAGGAUGACAAUGACUCACAUCGCGAGAUGACGUUGACUUUUACGGAGAAGAACUUGAGACGUGAACGGGAGCGCAGAGAGGCGCGAGAGAAGGUUGAUGCGCAAGUGAAGCAUUGGCUUCGCUUCUAUUCGGGCCAUGAGAAGUAUUUUGCUGUUGGGAAGGUUAUACCGGAGGAAACGGGGGCGGCAGAUGGGGAGGGAGAGAAGAGGGUGUUGUGUGAAGGGGCGCAGAAGAAUAGGCCUUUGCGAAGCGAUUUGAAUAAGAAGUUGUAA